AUGGUCCACUGUGCUGGAUGCGAGAGGCCUAUUCUGGACAGAUUUUUGCUCAACGUCUUGGAUAGAGCCUGGCAUGCCAAAUGCGUGCAGUGUUGUGACUGUAAAUGUAAUUUAACUGAUAGAUGCUUUUCAAGAGAAGGACGACUCUACUGCAAAAUCGACUUUUUCAGACGUUAUGGCACUAAAUGUGGAGGUUGCGCGCAGGGGAUCUCGCCCAAUGAUCUCGUUCGGAAAGCGCGAAGCAAAAUCUUUCACCUGAACUGUUUCACCUGUAUCAUGUGCAACAAACAGCUUUCCACGGGCGAGGAAUUGUACAUACUAGAUGAAUAUAAAUUUGUCUGCAAGGAGGAUUACAUGAACAACAGCAUGGGAAAAGACACAAACCUCCUGUCAAUUACUACGUGCAGUGAUCCGAGCCUAUCUCCAGAAUCUCAGGAUCCACAAGAUGAUUGUAAAGACUCUGAAAGCGGACAGCUGUCCGACAAAGAGAUUUGCAACAACGAAAACGACGAGCAGAAUCUGGGCGGGAAACGUCGCGGGCCGCGCACGACUAUCAAAGCCAAACAACUGGAGACGCUGAAAGCUGCAUUCGCCGCCACACCUAAACCCACCAGACACAUACGAGAGCAGCUGGCACAGGAGACGGGCCUUAACAUGCGAGUCAUACAGGUGUGGUUUCAGAAUCGGCGCUCUAAAGAGAGGCGCAUGAAGCAGCUGAGCGCGCUGGGCGCCAGACGUCACAUGUUCUUCCGCAGCCCGAGGAGAAUGAGAGCGCUGCACGCCGACCGACUGGAACCAGGAGAGCUCAUGACAAACGGACAUUUCUCCUAUCAUGGGGAUUAUCACAGUGACUACUAUGGACCGGGAUCUGACUACAAAUAUUUCUCUCAGGGUCCACCAUCCUCCCAAGCCCAGACUCCUGGUGACCUGGGAUUCAUACUCUCCUCUGGCCCAGCAGGAACCCCUUUAGGGAGCAUGGACCACCAUCAUCAUGCAGCACACCACCCCUCCAAUGAGGCACAAUGCUUCAGCAAGAUGAUAUUGCACCACCCAGGGGACUCUCCCAGCCCAGAGCCCAGUGCACCCACCUCCAUCCACAGUAUCUCUAAUGACAUGUGUGACUCCACUCCGCCUUUCAUAUCCCUGACCUCCCUCAGUGGCAAUGGAUACAGUAAUCAACUGUUUGUCCCUUCCACAGAAAUGAAUGAGGGGACGGUUUGGUAG